GUACCUUAUAAACUGUGUGUUUUGGAGGAGAGGAGAGUUCCGCACACUCGUGGUACUACCUCCAAGUUUCGGUUACUCUGAUCCGUUGGUGCCACGACAGGUCUACGAGAGGUCCACCGUGCAGCCAACAACGCCGUGUUUAUUAUAUUACCCGGGAAGGAUUUAUGCUCCGAGAGAACUGUUUCAGAGCCCGCUUUAAUGGGGCUCGCCACGCUCUUUCUCACCCUCCUCGUUCGUGUCCUCAGCUUCCAUCCGUUCUUGAUCCUGAUGGCGUCGACAAACGGCGCGGUUCAGGCCUUGCAGGCGGCUUUUCCCGGAGGGCAGAUUCACGUCCGGGGCAGCGACGAUUACGACACGCUGAAUGGCGGGUACCUGUCCGGCCUGGAGAGCGACCUCAAGCCUCUGCUUAUCUUUCAGCCGUCCAGCGUCGCAGAAGUCGCCGGCUUCGUGGAUACCAUCAGGCCCUUUGCAACCCUGCUUGACUGCGCCAUCCGUGGCGCGGGGCAGCAGCCCCUCCCCGGCUGUGCCAAUGUCGACAACGGCAUCACUCUGGACCUGGCCCUGCUCGACGACAUCACCCUCACCCAGGACAACUCGGUAGUCCAGAUCGGGGCCGGCGCCCGCUGGGGCGCCGUCUACCCGAAGCUGGAUGCACUGGGUCUCAGUGUGACGGGCAGCCGCAGUGCCACGGGUGGUGUGGGAGGUCUGGCCCUGGCCGGAGGCCUGUCCUUCUUCUCCAGCCGCGAGGGCUUCAUAUGCGACAACGUCGUCAACUUCCAGGUCGUCCUCAGCUCCGGCAAGGUCGUCGAUGCCAAUGCCAACGAGAACCGCGACCUCUGGAUCGCUCUCCGCGGCGGCGGCAACAACUUCGGCAUCGUCACCCGCUUCGAUUUCCGCACCUUUGAGCAGGGGCUGCUCUGGGGCGGCAAUGUCUUCUACUUUGCCGACAAGUUUCCCUGCCAGAUUGAUUCUCUGGUCAGCGAGCUCAAGAAGCCCAAUGCCAGCGACCAGACGCACAUCAUGAUCAGCAUCGGGCACUCGGGCGCCAUGGCCGCGGCAUUCGGUGCUCCCAUCAUGUGCCUGAACCAGGCGUACUACAACGAGCCGGUCGAGAACCCCCCGGUCCUCGACCCUUUCACCAAGAUGACGCCGCAGAUUGACGUGCUCAACAGCAUGUCGCUGAAGAACGUCACGGCUGCGGCGAGCGAGCAGACUGCGGCCGCCCAGACCCAAGUCAGGGCGGCAUACAUCAACAUCGCGGUCAAGGCCGAUGUAGCCACGCUGGAAGCCAUGAGCGACAUUUACACGGCCGCCCUGCCUCCGCUGUACGGCGUCGCCGGCGCCACGCUCUCACUCACGCUGCAGCCUUUCCCCACCUCGCUGCUAGCCAAGUCCGACGCCCUCGGCGGUAACGUGCUGGGCCUGCACGCGGCCGACGGCCCCAUCGUCUCGGUCCUCCUGCUCUCGUACUGGGAGAAGCGGUCGGAUGAUGCGGCCGUUAUUGCCUUUAUGGAGACCACGCUGGCGCAGAUGCGCGCCGAUGCGACGGCCAAGGGCACCAUAAUCCCCUACAUCUACAUGAAUUACGCCUUCACUGGCCAGGACGUCAUCAACUCGUAUGGGCCGGCCAACAAGGCCAAGUUGCAAGCGGCCAGCAAGAAGUACGACCCCAUCGGGCUGUUUCAGAGGGCGUUUCCUGGCGGGUUCAAGCUGUUUGACUAGGUCGGUGGCAGGGCCUCGGUUGUUAAAUGGGAUCAAAGUCGGCUCGCUGGACGGGGUUUGUUGACGUCGGCACCACGAACUUCUAACCCCUUUUCACAAUACAGGCAGGCAAUUCGAGUUGUUUCACAAUAAUUCCUCUUACAAUUGAAGGAUGCCUCAGUUGAGUGAACAUGUCUAUGCCUGUUUUUUCACAGCCAACUCGACCUAUUCAAGGACAAGACUGUCAAAAGCAAAAGGGGGCCUCAGCA